GUCAGCAACUUACUGUAGGUGUUAUGCAGAACAUUCAUUUACACGUUGACUAAGUGAGGAGGAACGAAGCCGUGAGAUGCUCCUCCUAUUUUGUUUUGUUUUCUUUCUUUUUUUUUCUCUCUCGCGGUUAAUCUAUCAACUCUAUCAGUUUUACCAUUCUACCUUCACAGCGAGCGGGAGCAUGAAGAGAGUCUGCGCGUUUCUGUUGGUUUGUUUUCAAGCGGAAUGAACUCUACUCGAAAAUUGUUUUGCGAGUGAAACCGGUGCCUGGCCAGAACAGAACUGAGCGAACUAAUAACUAAACUAACAUCUGUUUAUGAAAUAAACGAGAGAACUAUACUGAAGAAACGGAACCCCGAAGAACCUUCGCUUUAAAUAUUAUGUUUGGAGUGACUGAAAUAACCCAUCUCUGCUGGUCGAUGAGUGCUGUGUUCGGGAGGAAUGGCCGCGCGCAGCAGUGAUGGACACUCCGUGGACAGAUCCUCAAAGAAAGGGAACAGCAAGUCUUUCACAAUAGACAAAGUCACCGUUGCCCGAUCCCUGUGCCUGGGCUCAGGGUUUAAGGGCAAGACCAUAUGAACAUGCUUUCAAACGAAUCAUGCGAGAACAUCACUAAUAUCGAUGUGAAUGGGAGUCCGGUGAUGAGCGCUGUGAUGUUCAUCGCUGGGGUGGUUGGCAACCUGAUGGCUUUGGCUAUCCUGGGAGCCCACCAGAAGGAGCGUCACACCAAGUCCUCAGUCUUCUGCAUUCUCGUGACAGGCCUGGCUUUGACAGAUCUGCUGGGAACAUGUUUACUCAGUCCACCGGUUUUCAUUUGCUAUGCCCACAGAAAAUCCCUGGUGGGUCUCACGGGAGACAGGUGGCUGUGUGGACUCUUCGCCUUCGCCAUGACGUUCUUUGGCCUGGCCUCUAUGCUCAUACUGUGUGCCAUGGCGGUGGAGCGGUGCCUUGCCAUCAGUCACCCAUAUUUCUACUCUAAACAUGUGCGACGCAGCUUCGCUAAGAUCGUCCUCAUCCUCAUCUAUCUCUUUACCUUCAUGUUCUGCUUGCUGCCAUUCUUUGGAUUCGGGCGGCAUAAGCAGUACUGUCCGGGCACAUGGUGCUUCAUCAAGAUGGAGGCAGAAGGAGAGGGUGAGGAUGAGGAGAGGAGAACGCUGACCUUCUCGCUGUCCUACUCUGUGCUCAUGGCGUUGCUCAUCUCUGUUGUGUUCUUGUGCAAUGGUUCUGUCAUCGUCAGCCUAUGCCGCAUGCACCGGAGCCAGCUGAUACGUCGGGGUUCGGUUCUGUCGGCUGGACGUAAGAAGAGGCUGAGCACCUGGUUUGGACAGGGAGAAGAGGAAAUGGACCACUUACUGCUGCUGGCCUGCAUGACCUUCAUCUUCAUCAUUUGCUCCUUGCCACUGACUAUCCGUGGCUUUGUGAACGCUAUUAGUUCGGUUAGGAAUGAUCAACAGAACCUAAUAGCUUUCCGCUUCUCUGCAUUUAACCCCAUCUUGGACCCCUGGAUCUUCAUCAUCUUCCGUAAGGCGGUCUUUCACCACAUCUGUGCACUCUUCCGCUGCUGUUUCUAA